GGCAGCAGUGGCAGUGGCCGCGGAGCUGGCCCUGCGGGGCCCCGGGGGGGAGGGGGAGCCGCGAAGCCCCCGCUGAGGCCGCCGUUGCCGGGCCUCCCUCCCCCCCACCCCCCUGGCGGGCGCCAUGCGGGGGGGUCCGAGUGAUGCCGAGCGGCGGCAGCGCUGGGGUCGCCUCUUCGAGGAGCUGGACAGUAACAAGGAUGGCCGCGUGGACGUGCACGAGUUGCGCCAGGGACUGGCCAGGCUGGGCGCGGGCGACCCGGACCGUGGAGCCCAACAGGGCAUCUCCCUUGAGGGUGACGCUGACCCAGAUGGCGGGCUGGACCUGGAGGAGUUUAUCCGCUACCUGCAGGAGCGGGAACAGCGCCUGCUGCUUCUUUUCCACAGUCUGGACCGGAAUCAGGACGGUCACAUCGAUGUCUCUGAGAUCCAGCAGAGUUUCCGAGCACUGGGCAUUUCCAUCUCACUGGAGCAAGCGGAGAAAAUUCUGCACAGCAUGGACCGGGACGGCACAAUGACCAUUGACUGGCAGGAAUGGCGUGACCACUUCCUGCUGCAUUCAUUGGAGAACGUGGAAGAUGUGCUUUACUUCUGGAAACAUUCCACGGUCCUGGACAUUGGCGAGUGCCUGACUGUCCCCGAUGAGUUCUCGGAGCAGGAGAAGCUCACGGGCAUGUGGUGGAAGCAGCUGGUAGCAGGUGCAGUGGCGGGUGCCGUGUCGCGGACUGGCACGGCGCCCCUGGACCGCCUCAAGGUCUUCAUGCAGGUCCACGCCUCCAAGACCAACCGACUGAAUAUCCUCGGGGGCCUACAGAGCAUGAUCCGAGAAGGGGGCGUGCGCUCCCUGUGGCGUGGCAACGGCAUUAAUGUGCUCAAAAUUGCUCCUGAGUCAGCCAUCAAGUUCAUGGCCUAUGAGCAGAUUAAACGGGCCAUCCGCGGGCAGCAGGAGACGUUGCACGUGCAGGAGCGCUUUGUGGCGGGCUCCCUGGCUGGCGCCACAGCCCAAACUAUCAUUUACCCCAUGGAGGUGCUGAAGACACGGCUGACCCUCCGGCGGACAGGCCAGUACAAGGGCCUGCUGGACUGCGCCAGGUGCAUCCUGGAGCGAGAAGGGCCCCGAGCCUUCUACCGCGGCUACCUGCCCAACGUGCUGGGCAUCAUCCCCUAUGCGGGCAUCGACCUGGCCGUCUAUGAGACCCUGAAGAACCAGUGGCUCCAGCAGUACAGCCGUGACUCAGCCAACCCUGGCAUCCUGGUCCUCCUGGCCUGUGGCACCAUCUCCAGCACCUGUGGCCAGAUAGCCAGCUAUCCCCUGGCCUUGGUCCGGACCCGCAUGCAGGCCCAAGCCUCCUUCGAGGGUACCCCGCAGUCGUCCAUGCUGGGUCUGCUCCGACAUAUCCUGGCCCAGGAGGGCGUGCGGGGCCUCUACAGGGGCAUUGCCCCCAACUUCAUGAAGGUGAUCCCAGCUGUGAGCAUCUCCUAUGUGGUCUACGAGAACAUGAAGCAGGCCCUAGGGGUCACGUCUAGGUGAGGGACCCAGAGCCCGCCCCCCACAAGAUCCCUCACCUCGAUCAUGAUGAUCCCCAAGCCCCAGCCACUGGAGACUGAUGGCCCAACCAAUGGAUCCCAGGUUUCCUCACACGCACACUCAAACCGCAGGAUCCCCACACCUCAGCCACUGGGUCCUGUAUCCCCACAUUCCAGCUGCUGGAUCCACAGUGCCCUGCCCUGCCCACUGGGUCAGGACCUCCAUGUCUUAACCACUGGAUCGCCCCCAACUCAGCAGACCGUGAGACUCCAGCCACAGGGGCGUGUCUCCCCCUAUCUGAGCGCCCAGCCCCCUCUCCCCAGAACCGAGAUCCCAUGUCCUUGGGCAACACUGGGUCCUAGACCCCCCAACCUCCCUGGCGGAUCUCAGAUCCCCAUGCUUCCAGUCCUGGAUUUCCACGCUCAGCCACUGGAUUCUGGAAUCGAGAAGCCUCAGCCACCUGAUCCUGACAGUGCAAUGCCUAGAUCCCAGGGCCCUGACCACUGGAUCCCAGAUCCCCUCACCCCAACCACUGGAUCUCUGAAUUCCCUUACUUCGACACUGCGACACAGCACCUCAGAUCCCUCUGCUUCAGCUACCGGGUCCCUGCAUUUCAACCACCACAACCUCAACCCCCACCACCGGAUCCCAGAUCCCCAAGUCCAGACCCACUGGAUCGUGACUCUUAAAAUCACAAUCAUGAGAUCCCAGCGGCAGACAAGUGGGUCCUGGCAACUGCAGUUGUUCCAUCCUGCGCCAUGGGCAGGGACCCCAACACCUGAACCCCUUGUUUCUGACCUGAGUCCCCCAGGCUUGACUCAAACCCCAAGUCUAGCUCCCAGUAACCCACACGCAGCUUCCUGAUCCAGCGAGGCCCUCCCUGCCCAGAUACCCCUGAGCACAGCCAUCUCUCCCCAAGACUCAGACACUCACCCCAUGAUCUAAGGAGCUACAGGGAGCCCGGUACUGGUCUCCUGGCUCCGGAAGCUGUAAGAGACUUGCCCACUGUCCUGAGUGAGGAAUGCGAUGCCCCUCUCACACCUGCACUGGCAUCAGUGCCCCAAAACCACCCCAGCACAGCUGCACCUCUGGGCUCUGUGCAAAGCUGCUCCCUCAAAUUCACCUCCCACUGAUCAGCAGGGUUCUCUGACCCCUUCUCACCUUGUAGGCUGAUAACCUCACCGUCUGGGUCCCUCUGAAGGAUCCAAUCAUUCUUCAGGACUGGCAAGGAGGCAACCUAAAGCUGGGGGACCCACAGAGGGGACCCCCAGCCCCAGCACUGCCAGCCCCUCCCCAGCCUUCAGAAUUGGAAACCAGAAACCAAUCUACACAGACUACAACUCCCUAGACCCAAGCCCCCAAUUAUGCAAACACACAAACAAACUACAGCCCCCAAACUUAUGCAGGUCUAUUUUUCUACCGGAAGGAGCAGACAGCCCCACCAACCUAUGCCUCCAGCACCCUGCCCAUACACAUUCUGCACUUUAGAGCUGGAUUCUGAGCUUAGGCUAAUUGGGGGCCCCUCUUGCUCCUCCCAAGUCCUUGAGGAAACCCCACUAAAGGACCACAAAAGGAACUGGGAUAUUCGGGAGGCUGGAGGACACCCCUAGGACUUCUACCUACCCCGCACCCUACCUCCCUGCCUGUGUGUGUUAUUUCAAAGGAAAAGAGCAAAAGGAAUACAUUUUCU